GGCUCAGCACAGCAGCUCGUGAGGCUGCCUCAUUGGCACAUGUCCCGGCGGGGUGGAGCGAUGCGGGGCCGCCUCUUGUGUUGCGGUCUCGUGUUUCCAGCUUCACUUCAGAGCAGCAGCGGCAGCGCGAGGACAGGAGCGUGGAGCGUGGAGCGCGAGGACAGGACUGUGGACUCUCCGUGGACGUGAUUCUCCGGGUUUAAUCACCGGAGCAGGGCGCGUGCAGAACCCUGAGAGGUGGAUCUGACUGUGCGCCAAAGACCAGAGCGACUGUUUGACUCUGAGGACGGACUCUGGGUCUAGAGGGUGCUCUCUCAGGUUGUGGUCUCUCUGUCCUGAGAAGGGUUUUCUCUGUGGAGCUUUCCUCGUCGCCAAAUGGAUGUGAGCGCGUGAGGAGAAUACUAAUGAACGGCGCGCUGCGUCCUGCUGAGGCGCACCGCGUCCCCUUCUGACGCUGAGGGCCACAGAGGAGCGGAUCCACAUCAAGAGGGCCUGAUCCAGAUCUGGGGGAUUCUACACCUUCAGCAGCACAGGGAUUAAUGCGCGCCACCUGACCACAGUAGCUUAUUAUUGUGUUCUGGACCAGAGGAGGGGGUCUAACCUCCAUCAGCUGCAGAAAAUGGGCAACAGCUUCUCCAACAUCUCCGCCUUCCAGUCCCUCCACAUCGUCAUGCUGGGUCUGGACUCUGCGGGGAAGACCACCGUCCUCUACAGACUCAAGUUCAAUGAAUUCGUGAACACGGUCCCCACGAUCGGGUUCAACACAGAGAAGAUCCGUCUCAGUAACGGCACUGCGAAGGGCAUCAGCUGCCACUUCUGGGACGUGGGGGGUCAGGAGAAGCUGAGGCCCCUGUGGAAGUCCUACAGCCGCUGCACGGACGGGAUCAUAUACGUGGUGGACUCUGUGGACGUGGACAGACUCGAGGAGGCAAAGACUGAGUUGCACAAAGUGACUAAGUUCGCAGAGAAUCAGGGAACCCCUCUGCUCGUCAUCGCCAACAAACAGGACCUGCCCAAGUCUCUGCCUGUGGCGGACAUAGAGAAGCAGCUGGCCCUGCACGAGCUCACCCCCUCCACCACAUACCACAUCCAGCCUGCCUGUGCCAUCAUAGGUGAGGGUCUGCACGAGGGCAUGGACAAGCUGUAUGAGAUGAUCCUGAAGAGGAGGAAGUCCCUGAAGCAGAAGAAGAAGCGGUAACAGAAGCUGACUCUUGAGGACUGGUUUUUCCUGUGAGGAGUUCUGGUCCCUCCACAGGUUCACUCUGCAGUGAUUUGUUUGAUCCUCCUGUUUGGAUUAAAGCUGUGUGACUGAAGCUGCUGAAUAUUGCUUCUGCAGGUUUGAAACACAUGAAAUAACCAAAUAAAGACAGAACAUAAACUUGACUUCAGCUCAGCAGCAGGAGGAAGAGGAGGAGGAAGAGGAGCAGGCUGGCCUGUUCCUCUGCUGCUGCUGAAGAAGCUCCUGCUGCAGGACUCUGAUGGUUUUGACUUCCCCUGCAGAGACACAUGUUUGAUUUUGCACGAGGCUCAGGGGGUCACGUGUCCCUGCUGCCCUUUGGUUGUUGUUUUUUUUAACAGACAUCAGUGUUGGAUGUCAUUCGACUGUUUCUGGAGCAUUGAAGUAGCCUUUCACUCUGCGUGGUGGACCGAGGACUCAGAGUUCACUACUUUGCACUUUUAUUUCCUAACAGACAGUAGAGAGCGACACUGUAUUCAUAGAGGAGCAGAUCAGGUGGUUUAUGUACUAAGAAGCCAAAAUUGAAGUAUUUUUGGAAUAUUAAAAGAUUGAAAAUCCUGAA